AAACGAUAAAGUGCUUAUCUUAUUGACAAAAGGCUGCUAUCGAUCACAAAAUAAAUGUCGUGAUUCUCUUACAAAACAGUACAGGGCGCGGUUGAAGAUGCUUCCGGUGAGAAUUUGAUCGAAAUAGCAUAUCUCUUUCAUAAUGAUCUGGCAAUGUUUAGCCGAAUAUAUAGUUUCUUCGAACGUCUUAACAUAAUUGAACAAAGCUUGUCUCGUCUAAAACCGUACUAACAUAUGAGCGAUGGGUGUAUUUGUACGCUUUCGAGUCCUACUCUAUCUUUUGGUGUCCUUUGUUUUACAUCAAACCUCUUCUGAGACAUUUACAAGCGCCCGGACUUCAUUUCUUCAACUGAAAAGGUGGAAUAUGUCCGACUCGCGGUGUCUUCGAUUUCGCUUCAAAACGUUUCUCCCAGAUGCGCUUCUGCUGUACAUGGAUGAUGAAGGAAAUACGAAUUUCUUACGACUUGAACUGAUUCGAGGAAAGCUACGACUUACAUGCAGCUACGGAUCUCGAUUCGGGCCGAUGGCAGACGAAACCCGCGGCGAAAAUUUAAACGAUUUAGCCUGGCAUAGAGUGUUAGUGGAAAGGAAUAGGGACAACACAACAAUAUACUUAGACAAUCUGCCGAAAUUGGCCGUCGAGAGCCGAGAGAAGAAAGGACUAAUCGUGAAAAGCCCGAUGUAUUUUGGUGGUUUUCCAUCCAACCUCGGAGCAAAUAGAGUCACACAGCCUUCAGUUCUUCUUCUGAACAGAUUCAUCGGAUGCAUAAUGGAUACAGAGUUUCUAGAAUCUUCAUCUGAACAAGGAAACAAGAUAACUAAAACCAGCGUGGAAUAUUCAGAUGAAGUAAUCCCAGGCUGUACUGAUAUGUGUGAAAGAAAUAACACAUGCCUCAAUAAUGGGACAUGUCUGAACAGAUUCAUUACAACUGCCUGCGACUGCACCACGACUGGCUUCAGAGGGGACACUUGUGAACGAGGUAAGCAAGCUUUUUUUGUCAGAAAAGGGAAUGUUUUAGAGAAAAGCCUUGAAAAUUUAGCUUCCCUUCCCUUCCCGUUGUUGUACUGAUUCCUUAAUGAUAUCAGUGAUUUGCUUCGUCUUGAAGGGUAUAUUUUUACUUUCUUCUUCUCGAAUGUGUCAUGUCCUACUGGGAGAUGCAUGCGAAAACAUGUUGACAUUUCUUGAAUGAGGUUAUCUCUGAGAAAAUAAACUCCAUUGCCAAAAAACAUCAUUAAAUCAUAAAUUUUUUCGUUUUAAAAUCCUUCUCGCCAUAAACUGAAAGUAAGAAAUGUUAUAUUGCAAACAUCAUACGUUUAUUUGUAAACAAUACUCAUGUGAAAUGCGGAAUUUUUACCGUGACAGAGUCAGCGGGGAUGGAAUAUGUGUCAGGAAAGCUUAGCCGGGUGAUUGAUAAUGGGGUCACAUACUAAUCCAAGUAUCAUAUCUCCUAAAUGUUCCAUUACAACAGCAACAAAUUGCGUAUUCUUUGUCAAUCGUUAUUUUCAAUUCACCAUACUCUGUCUUUCAUGGCAAUUACCUGAUUAGAUUUGAAGAAAUGAGGUCAUCGGAAGCCGCUGAUAUGAUGGAAAUUUUAUUUGGCUGUAAUUAAAAUUAUUUUUUAGGUUAGGUCACACGAUUAAAUGUCUAGACUAAAGAAGAUUGCUUAACCAUCUGUGUUUUCAAUCCUGCAUAACAAGCGUUUUUUUCUUUAAUUAUGAUUUUAUUUACGAAUAUUUCAGGCGAUCGAGGACUAGCAGGUCAGUCACGCGCGCGGAAGGCGGGCGGGAGAGCAAAACCACAACCUUCUCACUCUCUCUGUCGCGCGUGUCGCUCGCACUCCGCGCGUUCAGUUGUCAAAACUCUUAACAACGCGUUCAAUGCGUUUAGGUGUGUAUUUUGAGAAACGAUAAAGGCCACAAAGUGUGUGUUGAUUUUGGAAGUAAUGCGUCACACCAAACACUGUUCAGAGUAUCCAAGCUCGUGUUCGUUGCGUGCACAAGAAAAAGUAGUGUGAGGCUUUCAACCAUUUAUCAAGUCAUAAGCUGUUUUUCUGAUCCUUAUCAGUAUCACAGAAGCCGGAAAAAAGUUUUAUAAACAAACUGGUUAACAAGAUAAAUAAAAUAAUAAGAAAAAUACUCAAGUAUCAGUAAAACACUUCUGUGAGAUACCGCUGAAAACUUCCAGACUCGAGCCUUCCUCUUAUCGACGUAAAAGUCAGAACCGUGAUAACAAGUCUUGUAGUCCUUGUUUAGUAGCUAAAUUUUAAAAGAGAAGAGGGUGAAAGAUGUGUAGGAUCAGUAUGAUUGUGUUAUUUCUAUUUUGGAAGAAAAUGACCUUUUUUCCUUCCUCUAAUGUGCCCUUCCUGUCAUCGCAUGAUAUGAAAUAUUCAGAUGCCGAUGUGAAGCCCACUCACAUAAACACAAGAGAAUCGGUCAAACAAGAGUUAAUCUUCUACAUUUCUCUAAAGCAGACGAUGAAUCGUAUUUCGUAACUCAAAGGAAAACAAUGAUCAACCAUUGUACUGAUAUAUAAUAUCAAGUCACUAAAAUGUUUCCAUCAUAUUUUCAGCACUUCCGGUCAUUGGUCUCAGCCAUUUAGAUCACUUAAUUUUCAAGCGUUCCAAUGAAUCCGUCUCUUCAAAGCACGAUCGAAUCACGCUGAGAUUCAAGACAGCCAAUCAGAAUGGAUCACUCCUGGAAAGCGGGCGCGGGGCGAGAGACUAUUUAGUGAUCGCGCUGAGCAAUGGUUACAUUCUGAUACGAUGGAACCUUGGAUCGGGUGAAAUGUACCUGCAUGCGCGUGACAAACCGUGCAGUGACAAUAACUGGCACUCGGUUGAUAUACGAAGAAAUCGGGGCCGAAUUAACGUGACAAUAGACGGCGUUUUUCACGUUUCUCAGAGUUUCCCAGGAAACUACCAAUCAUUUGAUUUGGAAGAAGGCGAAGGAGAUGUGUAUGUGGGAGGAAUGGUUAUCAAUGGCUUUGCUACGCAUCGUCGUCCGUCAAGCUUUCCUUUUGAGGGGUGCCUUCAGGAAAUCAGUUUCAAUGGUGUGGAUAUCAUCCAAGGUUUUCUCGACACGAAAGACAAUUUUAUCAGCCAAGGAAGUCUUAGAUUGACUUGUGAAAUCCCAAAGCGAAUGAUUCCAACAACUACGGCAAUAACACUACUCGUUACGAUGGAUACAACAAAAUCUACAUCAAUAGCAAAUAAAGUGCAACGUCCAACCUCAUAUACGACCCCACGAAAAAUGAUUGUGACUGACAAAAAUCAACGUCUCUCAACCUCAAAAAUCAACUCCAAAUAUUCAGAAUUACCCUGCGCAGAUGAUGAAGACGAUUGUAACCCUGAAGAUUCUGGUUCGGGAGGGAGCGGCUAUUCCGGAGAUAAUUAUGUCAGUCCCGGAUCAGACAAUGAGUCCACCGCGAAAGGUAAACAUAUCAUCUCUGGCACAGGAGCCAAUACAAGCGAAAAUAAGUCGAUUAAAAGCAAGGAAACAGGCGUGGAAAGUAUAGGCGAGUCGGACAGUUCUCUAACGCCUUGCCCGGGGGAUGAUGAAGACGCCUGUGAAAAUGCAAAUGAGUCUGGACAGGGCUCAGCUGAGCCAGGCUCAGCUGCCGGCAGCAUAACCACCCCUCGUCCCAGGACUUUUCCUAAUGGCAACAGCGAAGUUAAUGUUGAAGUAAAGGAAAGAGCCAUCGUAAAGGAAAACAGCAGCAAAAAAUGGACGCUCAUAGCGGGGAUAAUCGUGGUAGGAACACUUCUUGUUGCAUUUUGCAUCUUCGCAAUUUGUUGGCUUUGGAAAAACAAGAAAAACCCCGAGUGGACAGGGGUGUACCAAGUCAAUGGCAGCCGAGAAAGAUGUCUGGCAGCUGAAGCAACAGACGUAUGAUGGCCUAAUUGAUCACCUGAUGAUCAUGGAGCAUCCGUGGACAAAUCAGAGAACAGUCGUGUCUACUUCUUAGCUGUUGUUGCUUCGUGAGUCACGCAACCCCGUUGAAUGUCACGAAACACGUUUUCGCAAGAAGGCCUGAUACUCUGUGCUUGUUUGGCCAAGCAACCUCUCCUCCAGAGCGAAAAAUGUAACGUGACUUUCAAUGGACGAUUUCAAGAGGAAAAACAUUAUCUGACUUAAUGAAUUAAUAAUUUAGAUUAUCAUCUGAUAGCUUGGAAGAAAAGAAAAAUAAAAAAGGAGCAAAAGAAAAACAAAAAUUUGAACGACUUAACAAAUUCCACCCACAUAAGCUUUGUUUACAUAGAAUUCUAGCAAAGUUCAUUUAGUCAGAUGUUGUUUCCACCGAACAAAUAUAAUUAUAAAUUUGAAAAAAAUACGUCUGUUUGAUUGGGGCAUCUGCUGAGACCCAAAUCAUAACAAACUUCUGUAUGAAAACAAUUUCAGACUCUCAGUAAUAUUGUAUGGAAUUCUUAGCUCACUAUGAAUCACAGUGCGUAUAGUAAGUAAGAGGUUAAAUUACAUCAUAAGAGGAAAAACAAUUAUGCCAAAAGGAAGAGCAAUUUGGACUCUCCGUCUCUUAUAGUUGAUAACGGACUCUCAAAUACCCCCCCAAAAAAAUAGUCCAUGAGACCGUAAGUAAAUGAUUCCGAGAUAUCAUAUCAUUGUAUCAAUUCUAAUGUUAAGUUUUUACGCAGUCACGACCUAAACAGCAAUUCUCCGCACGGUCUAAUAUAUAAUUUUUUAUAAUUUUAGCCUCUAAGGUUCGUAAGUAAAAUCAAACAAUAUCCAUAAUAAGUUGAUAUGUUUCUUCCGAUCACCAUUCCGCUCGAAAAUGUGGUGAUAUUGUAAAGAGUCAUUUCAUUUUGGUUACUGACGGGAGCAAAAGGACCAAAAGAAUUAUACAAAUUAGAUUCAACUUAAAAUAGUUAAAGGGUCUUUUCAAUUCGAACCAUAUAAUCCUGAACCAUUACUUUACCUUGUUGGAGAAGUAUCAGUUAGGUAUAUAUUAUUCAACAUAUAAGCUGAGUAUAGAGUAGAAGUUACGUCUUAGUCGAGAUAUGUUUUUUCCAAUGUGGCAGUUAGGUAACAACUGAGCAUGACCGCGUUUAUGUAAUGUUUAGAGACAUGUUACAAUUAGACAGUGCUACUGAUUCAAGUUCAGGUUUCUUUCACUGCACUGAGAUAUCUUCUUCACCUUUCAGUAAGAAUAAGAAUAAAGUCCUUUCUUAAAUGGUUUGGUUCGAUGUCCAACUCUAACAGACCCGAGAGAAAUCGAAAAAAAUAGAACCAAGCUCUUUGUUAAUCCAGGUGAACUCUCUGAUCGCGCUCUCGCUCAAAUAUACACCAGUGACUUGAGAUAGACU